AUGAUAAUAAUUUUAUUACUUGUGUCGUCGUCCUUAGCUGCUAAUUGGUCAAACUUUCCUGAUGUAUAUCCUGAACGUGAAGCUUCGACCAGGAUGAUAAAUAUAAUGACAAAAUUUAAUAAUUACGGUAAGAUCUUUCUUAUAGACAACUCCACUGCUGAAUAUUUGAAUUUAUUUAUGGGAGGCAUAUCAUCCCAUUUAACAAGAGGUAAGUGUUUAGCUCAUAUUUCUAAAAAUGAAUCUGAAAAAACGGUUAUGUGGGGUACCGACUACAACCUCUUGGACGUUUUGAGAAAAAAGCUUAAUUUUAGGUUGGGAUUUAAACAGUUCAAAGCAAAAAACCUUACUGGAGCAAAAACUCUCGGGCUCCGUGAGGUAUCUAUCGGAGUGUUAGCAGAUCGACCACUCAAUGCAUUGGCAAACUUCAAGAAAAUGCCGUAUAGAGGUAUAAUUAAGUUAUUACUAGCAGCAUGGCUAAUAGCAAAUGUUACGUCGGAUGCUUACUUUAAUGCGAUUAUUAAAACCUACCUUACUUUUGGCAGAUCAGCUUCUACAAAACUUGAAGAUUUAAUAGACAAGGGAUACACUUUUGUCGUUGAUCCCACCGACCAUGACUUUCUUAGUUCCUACUGUGUGCACUCCAGUGCUUUAUUUUGUCAAAAAAUUAUUAAAAAUAUAGAAUAUUCGAAAAAUGUGUGCGACAAUUUGGCAAAACCUAAAUACUCAAUUGUAAUGGAUGGAAUCAUGGCACUCCUAUUUACAACAAAUUCUUACAGUAUGUAUGAUUUUAAGAUUGUUUUACUAUUGAUAACCAAUUCAUUAGCCUACAAGAUAGAAAUACAAAGCUUUCACGAGGAAAAUGCAGCAUACGCAAAAACUAUUAUCGAAAAAGUUUGGAAAAAUGCACUAGAUUGCGACAUUGUAGAACAUUUGGAUAAUAGCACGAUCAAAAAUGGAAUAGAAAGAGAUUUAAACGUUGGGUAUUUUCAAUUUAAUUACGAUCAUCAGCCAUAUAGACAUCGUCCAGAUGGUUAUUGCUUUAUUCAUAUAUUGGAUUCACCUAUUUUGUUCCAGAGAAAAAACUUCAAUUAUAUUAGGUCCAAGAUCAACAGAAAAGAUAUAGUAAUUAUAUUAGAAAGAGAAACGUAUAUACCAAAGAAACUCUUGAAAAUGUUCCUUUUAACAAAACUGGUGAUUGUUAUAAAAUUACUCAUCUCGAAAGCAUUUUACUGCAUCCAUAGGUUUGAUAAAGAAUGGUGUAUUCUUCGGGAAAUUCAAAGUAGAGAUCACCUGCCAAAUUUUCUGAAAGGAACAGAAAUGUACACAUAUGUCACACAGGAGAAAAUCGGAUAUGCAUCGUAUAUUCCAUAUGUUUACAUAAGAGAUAAUAAAACAAAUGUCGUGGGUGGAUAUGAAAUAAGAUUAUUGGAUACAAUGAGCUCAAUCUUCAAGUUUAAUUAUACCUUGGUGUCGUACGAUCAUAUUUUGAAUGAAAGUAAAUUAGAAUUCUUGGAAAAAGAUGUAAGAUUACUAUAA